UACGCUUCCUGCAAAGCCAAAUCUUCUUCAUAGCGCUUUGCCAUUAGCAAUUAAUUAACCAUGUCUUCUUCUUCAGCCUCUUCAUCUUCCAAAUCCAAAUCCAAAUCCACAACCUUCGGAUACGAUUUCUUCAUAAUUUUGAGAGACCCAGAUGAAGGUCGUGCACUGAAAGCCUCCCUCGAAAACUCUUUACAACAGGCUGGAUUCACAACUUUCUUUGACGAUGAUGACGGUGGCGGCGAUCUGAAGCCGCAGCAGGAGAAUCGGUUCUCCUCCAUCCACCAUGAGACCAUAAAAAGGUGUAGAUUUGUUUUGUUUAGUUUCACACAAAACUUCCAGGAGGCUGACUUGUAUCUUACUGGAGUGGAGGAUGUCCUGUGGUAUCGUGAUACUAUGAAUAAAAUAGUUCUCCCAGUGCUCGAUGGAGGGAGCCAGGAGCAAGUGCAUGAGCUGUUGGAGAGUUCGAGUCGAAGAUCAUAUGACAACAUGCGAAUCGCUACUUGGCUAUCCGGCUACACACUGCUGCCACGUGAUUUAGGGAUGCUCAUGCCUAUUAUUUACUACAUGCUCUUGGAAGGUGUGUGGAUCAACUAGCUAGGAAUGCCCAUCAUGAUAGCGUUGACUUGCAAAUUAUGUAGAUGGUUCCUAUGAACUAUUUUAAUUUUUUUUUACUCAGAAAUACCUGCCAUUUCGAUGGCAAACUAGUGUCUUGUUUUCCUUCCUAUUAAACUAAGCUUUCCAUGAUAUUCCAAAAAAAGUGGAUAGAAUGUACUAUCAGGAUUUCUCUACUUCUCAUUUACUACACCAAAUAUAUUGCAUGGGAUCUAGGCAUGAGAAAGUAGAAGAAAUGUUUUCACCUAUCAUUAAUUUGGUAAGAUAUUGAUUUACAAUUUAUUGAUAGGAUUGUAGUCAAAAACUGAUUAAUACUAAAUUAAUAUAUUUUCUAAUUUACAUAUUAUAAUAUAAUAAAAAAUUUAUAAAUAUUGUGAUUUGUUAUUGAUAAAUAUGUGAUUAAUAUUAUAAUUUUUAGACAAAAAUAUUAAGAAAAUGGUAAAUCAUGCAUUGGGUAUUUUUAAGAGAUAUACUGUAGGGAUCAAUGUAUUGAAAAUUGGACUAGUUAUUAAACUAGUUUAGACAAUGGUUCAAGGGUUGAUGGUUCAACUAGGGUCAAACUAGAAUCAAACCUGUCUUGAUAAAAUAAUAUAAUUGAAAUAAAUGGACGUUAAUUCUUAAAACAUUCAUUCGUAUCAAUGUCUUUGGAACUAUUUCACUUAUUAUUAAUAUUAGUUCAUGUCAAAUUUUAGUUUUUCCUCUUCCUUUUCCCAAUUAUUUUGUCAUUUUUAAGUAUGCAAUCACAUUUCUUUAGAACCCACCAUUCUCCCUCCCUCUUUUUCUCUUUCAUCAUGAAUCACUCUUCCCUCCCUCACUUUUUCUCUUUCUUCCUCCUUCAGUCCUCCCUCCCUUACUUUUCUUUCUUUGUCUUUUUCUCUCUUCCUUCUUUUCGAAUGCCAUUUCCCUCUCCCAUCAUCCAUUUUCACACCUCCACAUCUCCUAACCUUCCUUUUAGAUGCACUAGCACAUGUAGAAGGAAGAGUACAAAUUAUGGUAGUAAAGACAAACUCCCUCACUCUGGGUUUAAGGUUAACGACUGAGAAUGCUAAUAAGAGAAGGAAGUUGCUGCACCUAGAAAUGAAGACAAAGAUGAAGGUUGAAGGAGGCUAAAUUUGAGUAUUAAGGUAGAAGGAUUUGAUCUAGUGUACUUGAUUUUUUUAAUGCUUUGAACCUUUCUAGAACAAGAAAAACAUUGGACCACUUGACCCAAUCUAACUUGUGGAGUUAAGCGAUCAAAUAUGGUAGAUUCUCAGGUCACUUAGGUCAACUUUCAAGCAAUAAAAUUAUCAAAUCAGCUGGGACACAUGACCGAUUUUCCAGUUGGAUCAGACAACCAUUUUAGUUUUUCAUACUAUGGUAGGGACUAGUUGAGCUUUAUGUAUAGCUGAUGUGAGUGAGAAAAUUAAACUUCAUACAUGGGAAAGAAGAGGAAUUCUCUUGAGAUGCUAGGGUUUGCACUUACUACAUUUUCUUUCUAAAUUUUCUCUCUACGAGAAAAGAAAUUCUGUGAGUAAAAUUAUUUUUUCCAUUGUCAAUCCUUAUCUAUUUUUUUUUGUGAAUAUUGCCCAAGAGAACUCAUUUUUAACCUAGGUAGCAACAAAAUCUGCCACUCUAAGGUGUUCUUCUUCAUUACGCUCUUCUUUUUACACUCUUCUUCUACUACUAUUACUUCUUUACUACACUCUUCUACUGCCAUGAUUUUGAGUUGUUUAAGCCUUGAUUCAGAGCAUCAAAUUUGAUUCACUAAUAUAAAAAUGAGAUUGAGGAGCAUGCAUUAAGUUGUUUAAGGAAAUAUGAGGACCCUCAAUUUCCUUUUUGCCAUGAUUUUGACAUGUUUAAGCCUUGAGUUGUUUAAUUAAGCCACAUGCGUUCUAUUUGAUUUCCUUGCUUUUCGUUCGAUUUCCCUUCCCUUUAAUUUUUCAUUUUUUUAAAAUAAAGGUCGCUUUUUCUUUUUUCCUUCAUGAAAGCUUGAGGAGCAAGUUAGGUAAUUAUAGGAUUUGCCACAACCUUAUAGGUUUGAUUUUACAUUUUGCAUAAAGGGAAACAAAGAUGUUAGUGUAUUAUUGUAAUAUUAUCUAUAGCUCUACUAUGCAACCCAGUUUUUGAUAUUUGAUGACUUACAUUAAAACAGAGUGCUAUUUAACUUUUAAAUUUUAUUUUAAAUUCUAAUUCUUAAAUGGCUACCUCUUGUCACUGGAAUGAAAUCAAUGACCUGAUCACAAAAGCCAUAUCACAAGAAGGCUUACAACUUCAUGUGAAAAAAGUGCUUCUCCUAAUAGAGUUAGCUCAUAUAAAACCAGUCAUAGUCGAAAUAUGGGGAGUUGGAAGAAUUGGCAAAACUACUCUUGCUAGAUCUAUUUUUGAUAGAAUUGGUCACAAUUUUGAGAGUAAAAGUUUCCUUGAAAAUAUCAAGCAUGUAUGGGACAAAGAUAAUGGUUGAUUUCUUCUAUAAAGGCAACUUCUUUUAGAUAUUUCUAAAAGUGAACACGAAUAAAUAGAGAAUGUACUCUAUAAAAGAGCCAUUGUAGUCCUUGAUGAUGUCAAUCACAUAAACCAAAUCAAGGAUCUUUAUGGAAAUAAUGGUAAGUUUUAUUAUGGGAGCUUGAUAUUAAUUACAACAAGAAAUAAAGAUUUACUUGGUCCUUUGCUAACAUAUCAUAUCAAGUAAAAAGGUUGGACAAUAAUGAGUCUGUUCAGCUUUUUAGCUGGUAUGCAUUUAAGAAAUCUAGUCCAGCAAAUGAUUUUGCAAACCUUUCAAGGAAGGUAAUUGCUUUAUGUGAAGGACUACCAUUAGUUCUUGAAGUUAUUGGCUCUCUACUGUAUGAAAGGACAAUACCUGAUUGGAAAAAAGUAUUAAAUACAUUGAAAAAAGUUCCUAAUGGUGAAAUACAACAAAAGUUGAAAAUAAGCCUUGACUACUUGACUAAUUCAGAGAAAGAGUUAUUUUGUGAUAUAGCCUAUGUUUAUGGUGGUCAAAGUAGCCACUAUGUUAAAACAUUGUUAAAGGGAUCAAAGUUAUAUGUAGAAGAGGGAAUGCAUAAAAUGAUUAAACGGAACCUUAUCAAGGUUGUGAAUGGUAAAAUUCAUGUUCAUGAUUUACUUCAAGAGAUAAGAAGAGGAAUUCAUCUUAAUAAGCAAAAUCUCAAUUAUGUCCACGAUGUAUUCUUAAGUUUUGGAGGAGAAGAUACCUGUAAAUCAUUCACUACUCAUCUUUCUCUUUCCCUAAAACAAGUAGGUAUUAAGGUCUUCAUGGAUGAAGAAGGGAUUGAAAGGGGAGAAAAUAUUUCAGAGUCAUUAUUUCAGGCCAUUGAAAACUCGAGAUUUUCAAUCAUCAUAUUCUCACAAAAUUAUGCUGGCUCUAGUUGGUGCUUGCAUGAAUUACAAAAAAUCAUGGAGUGCUACAAAACAACUCAUCAAGAGGUUUUCCCUAUAUUCUACAAUGUGCAACCAUCUGAAGUUUGUAAACAACAGAAUGCAUUUGGAAAGGCAUUAGAAAGGCUUAUAAUAAGACCCUCGACUAAUAAAGGUAAUAAAUUGACAAACGAUUUGAAGAGAGUCCUUGUUGAGGCUGCUAACUUAUCAGGAUGGGAUAUGUAAAACUACAGUAUUGUUAUUUUCUUUUCCUUAUUUCUUGAAAUGGUCAAAUUCCUUAAGUUCAUUUUUCUACAUA